GACAAAGAGCGAGCGUCCUCUUCCAUGUUGCUGCCGGCACCAUGAGGGAGAGGCUCCAAGGCCAAGCCGGCGUUUCCUUGAUGGCAGCUGCAGCAGUGGCCCCCACCUGCUCGCUGCAUAAUGGGUUGCUGCACAACAGCUUCCACAGGCUGCCCAGCAAUGGAGAAGCUCCCCACCCGCUGCUCUUCCGACAAGACCCGACUCUGCCCAGCUAGGGCUCCCCGACGCGCCGGAGGAUGGACUCCGGCAGAAAAAACAGGCCACAUGCUGCCGGGGAGUUGUGCGUCCAGCCCGAGAGGAACUUACGGUGGCACCCACCGCCCCGGAAGAGCUGCAAGACCCACCGCCCUGUUUUCACUUUACCAGCAGCAUCGUCGUCCUGGGCCAGGGCAUGCAGACAGAGACCCCCAGAGUUAAGCUGCAGUACUCCUGGCCUAAGCCGCAGGCCGCCGAAGUUUCGGACUAGCGUACCGCCUCUUGAAAUAGCUUCCAUGGUAUGCGCAAAGCUCUCCUCCAACACCACAUCUCAAAAUUCCUCAUCUCAGACCUUUCAAAAGGGCAUCCUUCCACAUACUCAUCUCUCCACAAUGCUAAAAAAGAACUCGGAAGAGGUGACAGAAGAGGUACCAAUACAGAAAAUUCCAGCUGCCAACAAGGGGGCAGUGGACUUCCUCUCACUCAUUGAAGUAAAAGAGAUCAAGCCCUGCCUUUUUGAAGAAUCAUUGGUUGCCAUCUCAGAGAAUGGAGAAACCAUAGGAACAUUCUCCAUCUCGGUGGAGUGGGCCUGCUAUUCACCAGAUGGCUGGAACGAAGAAGACUGUUACCUGGUCCGUGCAAACAGCAAGGGGACCAUUGACGGCAUCCCUUGCACGACCUCCAUUACAGGGUAUAUAACAAAGAGACUGGAGACAGUGGAGCAGCACACAAAGGAAAGUGUGAGGUUUACGGAGCAUCCAGUGGAAACUAGGACGCAUGUGGUGAAACGCCAGGGCCAGCUUUUUGUGAGCAAAACUGUGGUGGAAAGAGAUGAAGAGAUCCACGUUGGCACAUUUUCUUACAAAUGUGCACACCUUCAUGGUCUAGUCUCAGACUCUGCCAAUCUCCUUGUGCUGCGGCUGAUGGCCAGGAGACAGACUGUCCCACAGGAUGCUAUUUUCCUCUCAUUUGACACUGACCAGCACAUCUGUACCUCUACCUACAGUGCCCUGGGCUUCCAGAAGCAGCAAGUAGGUAAUGAAGAGGUGGAUGUCUUUGUCAUUGAGAGAGCUGUGCACUCUAUGGAUGAGGUCCCCCUGUCCUGGCAGUUCUACUUCCUGUCAGAUGGGCAUUUAUCUCGUCGUGUCCAAGUUGGAUCCCCGGCCACCAUGGUGAUCCUGCAGAUGCCCAUUCUGAUUGACACAGAUGAACCAGACCCUCGUCCUGUCUUCAAGAAAAUCCCCCUGGACUGGGAAGAGGAUGUGGAGCUGUAUUCCAAGUUCUUAGACAGAAAGGAGGAGCUGCAAGCAAGCCACGCCACAUAUGUGCGGCGCCAUCCAGAGCUCAAUGCACUGCUGGCAGAUUUCUUACAACUGCUGCUGCUGCGCAAGCCAGUCGAUGUGGUCACCUUUGCUGCAGAGUUCUUUGCCCCCUUUUCAGCUCAGCGCCCGCCAUGCAGGUCAUUUCAGUCAUCUGACAAGCCCAGCCCCUUUCGCAGCCAUGUCUAAACUUAUUCCAGCAGAAAUAAAGGAUCCAGGGAAUGACUCUGGAACUUCUAGGAACUGUUUUCGGAAGUUGCCGGGAGACUCCUGGCUCAGAGGGGUGGGUGACAACUACUGUAGUGCCCAGGGUAGCACUCACACAGACUCAGUUGUUCUCAGCCAUGCUGCCUCCCAAAGGGUGUCAGAGCACUGCUGUGAGUAGAAACUGAAACAGCUAUUUCUCCACACAAUGCAGAACUGGUGAGCCUGUAAGUGGGAAGUAGUGGAAAACCUCUGGAAUGUGACAUUUUAAAUCAAAAAUGUCCUUAUAAAAAAAAAAAAGUAGUAAUUUACACCAGACUUCUCUGAAUUUCUAAUUUUGGCUGUAGCUACUAAAGUGCAGCCCCCCUCUCCCCAAAAAUGGAAUCUGUUGCUACAAAAUAAACAACAAAAAUUAAGACCAAAAUACCCCUUUUUUCCAACUUUUGAAAACAGAUAGAGUUUAAAAAGUGUGUCCAAAUAUACAGACUUUGAGUGGAAGAACAGCUAAUGGCUGUGAAAAAACAUUCACUCACCUGAUUCAGAUAAUCACAAAGUAUGGCCAGAUCUGGAAAGCUACAGUUUGUUGCAAAACACAGCCAGAAACUUCUCACCUAUCACAUGAAGGAGGGUAGAAGGGUAGGAGUGAAUGUUCCAGCCCAUGGCUCACACCUACUCAUUCUUUUUAUAUCUUUACUGAGUCACUGUGUUUUGUUCAUAUGUACCAUCUUCACCCCAGGAUGGACCUGGAAGAAAAACAGUUCUGUGCAUUUUGGGCAGAAACAGGCUGUGCAGUAUGCUGAUUGGCUGGGGGCUUGUCAUGUAACAGGCCCUUUUUCCCAAGACCAAGCCUUUUAACAAAUGUGGGUUUUUAAAGCAUAAACAAAUAAAUAAGGCCUCAAACAAUUAGUAAUGCAGAUAAACUUGCAAGUGGCCCUUUUAAAAAAAAAAAAAUUAAGAAGUGGAUAUCUUCCCCAAAGACUACAAGUAAAUGCAAAAGAUAUGGACAGAUCUGGAAAAAUACUUGUAUUCACUCACUUCGGAAUAGUGUGAUGUUUGCAGGACUUUCACAAGGCCAUUUUUGUCUUGGAGAAGAGAACACUGGAGAUGUGGGGUAUUCAAAUUUUGUCUUUGUUAACAACCUGUAUGUACAGCUGUUCCUUAAUUGUACCCACAACAACACAGUCCUUUUAGCACAUUAUCUCAUCCACCCCAGGAGUUUGCUUCAUAAAGAGAUUUUGCUUGUGUGUGUGUGACACUGAAAGUGUUUUCCCUACAGGAAGGCUAGUCCUUGUAGGAAAAACACCUAAACGGCAUCGGACCGCAAUACCUGGUGGAACGCCUCUCUCGCUAUGUACCUACCCGUUCCCUACGCUUGACGUCGAAGGCCCUUCUCCGGGUCCCAACUCAUAAAGAGGCCCAGAGAUCAACAACUAGAUCUAGGGCCUUCUCGGUGGUGGCCCCCGAACUAUGGAAUGCCCUCCCAGACGAGAUACGCCUGGCGCCUUCUCUGUUAUCUUUUCGGCGCCAGGUAAAAACCUACCUUUUCGCCCAGGCAUUUUAAACAUUUUAAACAUUUUAAAUUUAAUAUUUUAAACCUAAUAUGGAUCUUAAUUUAUAAACUCAAUGGCAAUUCUAUUUCAGAUUUUUAUCAUGUUUAAUGUUUUUAUAAUUGUACUAUAUUUUUCACACUUGCUCAUAUUUUAAUUGUGAUUUUAUCUGUUGUACACCGCCCUGAGAGCUUUCUGCUAUAGGGCGGUCUAGAAAUAUAAUUAAAUAAAUAAAUAAAUAUUUAUAGGGACAGCCCUCAGCCAACCAUAGAUACAUGGUGAUUCUAAUACUGGUGGCCAGAGCUUGGAAAAGUUACUUUUUUGGACUACAACUCCCAUCAGCCCACUCCAGUGGCCAUGCUGGCUGGGGCUGAUGGGAGUUGUAGUUUAAAAAAGUAACUUUUCCAAGCUCUGCUGGUGGCAUCCGAUUCUGUAAACAGAAUAAAACCAUAUAUAUUACUUGUGGUUAAACAGUCUUAAGAGCAGGGAUUCUUACAAUCUGUUUUAGUGUAAUAAACACAGAGUUGUUGUAA